AAGGAGAGCCAGGGCAAAUCCAGGAUGUGAGCAGCGCCGAUCAAGAAGAAUGGCCAUCGCUGCCGACGGCGAUGACGAUCUCCUCCUCCUCGAGUGCAAUGAGGACAUCGGCAGCUGCGCCAGCGGCAGCUCCAGCCCUUGCAGCAGCAGCGGCCGCGCCUGGCCCCCGGCGGCUCCCCAUCUCCUGUGCCGCGCGAUCGACAUGGAUCGCCACGGCGAGGAGCAAGCUCUCAGGAAUCUUGCGAGCCGGGAGGUCGCGCAUUCUCCCGGCCCCCAAUAUCGCUCCAGUCUCGAGUCCCAGCCGCUCGUCUCCGCGGCCAGAUCCAAUGCCGUGGAUUGGAUGAUCAAGGUUCGUGGCGUGUAUGGGUUUAGCCCCGCGACGGUGGCGCUCUCGGUGAGCUACUUGGACAGAUAUCUUGCCAAGGAGCUCCGACACAAGGUUUGGAAAGCUUGGAUGAUCGAGUUGCUAUCCAUUGCAUGCUUAUCUCUAGCGGCGAAAAUGGAGGAGACUUUCGUGCCGCUGCUCCAGGAUUUACAGAUUGAGGGCCUGGAGCACCUUUUCGAGAGCGUGACGAUCCAGAGAAUGGAGGUGUCGGUGAUGAAGUUGCUGGAGUGGAGACUGAACUCGAUCACGGCCUUCUCCUUCGUGGGGGGAUUGUUGCGCAGCAUAGAGCUCCAGCAACACUUGAAGCUACUGGCGUGGAAUAGAAUCAACGAGCUUCUCCUGGGGACUCUAGCAGAGAUUGUUUUCCUCGAUUUCUCUGCGUCGGUCGUGGCGGUGGCGGCCACGGUCUGUGCUCUUCAAGAGACUGUCCCAUUGCAGGCUCAAGCUUUGAAGCAACUUCUUCUGGGGAUGCUACUCGUGGAAGAGGCUAGCUUUGACAAGUGCUGCGGGGUUGUGGAGGACGUGCUUGUGGAUCCAAUCUGUCCAGUGUCGUCCUCAAGCCAGGUACUACUUCUCGACACCUUGAGAGCCUGUUCGUCCGAGGGCGAGAGCAACGCUUCGAGAAAGAGGAGUAAGCCGGACGAUGGCGGUGGCGGUGGCGGUGGCGGUGGCGACGGCGAUGCUGCUUCAAAGAAGAAGCGAUCGUCCCAGUAGCAGAGGGCAAGAAAACCACAAAAAAAACGAAAAAAAUUCUUGGAGGCACGCAUUCAUCGAGACAAAGAUUCAUAGACGAGCAUAUCUGUGUACAUUAGAGAAGAGUUUGUGUGGAUCGAUCGUGUUCUUGGCACUUGGUUUUGAUUGGUUGUAACAUACAUAGCAACAAAGACUAGUCUUUAGCUUG